CGAAUUUCGAAACGAAAAAAAGGGUUGAAAUUUCACGUUUCGUGAAAUUGACCCCCCAUUUCAAUAUUUCACCAUCCCUACGCAUAGUUAGUUUUAUAGCAGUCAAACUGCGGAGUUUAUUUACUCUAUUAUUGACUCCUAUUUUUACUAUAUGAUCUGACCUGCCAUCUCUCCUCUCAGCUGUCUACUUAACUAUUAUACCCCGCAAUCGCUGAAUUCACAUUAUGACUACCGCUGCUGCGACGCCAAUUCCUGUCCGGCCAUCCAAGUCGGAGACAGACAACAAUAAGAACAACAACAACAACAACAACAACAGCCCUGCAGUGCCCUCGCCUACGCUGCGCCUGCACAUCCAGGACCUGCACCAUCCCGCCGCCAGCGCCUUCCUCCGCCUGGUUCCUGACCUCGCUGCCGUGCUCGACACCGCGCUGGCCCAGAUCAUCACGCACCUGUACAGUCCUCCCAGUCACAGCAGCAACAACGCAUUUACUCCCUCAAUUCCCCCAACUCGCUCUGUGACCAUCAUCCUGCGCGACUUCAGCGGCGUCGCCUACACCACCGGAACCGACCUCGACAACGACCACAAGGAAAUCCACUUCUCCCUCUCCUACAUCCGCACCGCCACCACCACCUACCCCGAUCCCCGCAAGGAACUCGUCGGCGUCCUCACUCACGAACUCGUCCAUUGCUACCAGCACACCGCCCCUCCUCCUUCUUCUUCUUUUCCAUCCAACACCUCCCCAAACGAGAAUAACGACCAUCUCCGCCCCCCAGGCGGUCUCAUCGAAGGUAUCGCCGAUUUCGUCCGUCUCAAAGCCCACCUCGACCCUCCCCAUUGGAAACGUCCCUCCAGCGCAACAGACCGGCCAGAUCGCUGGGAUGCCGGCUAUCAACAUACCGCUUUCUUCCUCGCAUGGCUUGAGGACGUGCGUGUUGGUCAGGCGGCGAUCGGUCGAUUGAACGAUCGACUCUUUCGUGUGGGGUAUGUUGGAGAUGAUAAUGAUAAUGGUAAUGGUAAAGGUAAUGAGAAUGAGAAUGAUUCAAGUAAAAGGAAUAAUGGGUUCUGGAAGGCGUUGUUUGGAGUGGAUAUUGCGGAUCUCUGGGAUGAAUAUGGUCGGUAUCUAGAUGGCGGCAAGACAAGAGUUGAGGAGAAUUGGGAAGAGGAGAUUGUGAAUCCAGAGUGACGGUAUGUAUUUGAUUGGCUUGUCAUGACUGAGAGAAGCAUUUCGUAGGUAAGUUGGCAGUAGUAUCUCGAUCUAUAGGAUAUCUAGACAUUGGUAUUCAUUCCUACUUCCUUCCACUGGGCUAUUCCAUAGUACUGUACUUCAUUCAUGAACCACCAUCGCCCAACAAGGGACAGAAGCUGGAGCGGAGAGCAACCGAGGAUAGAAAAGAAAAGAAAAGAGGAAAGAGAAUUGGAUUUUUGCCCAUACUGUACAGCAUCUCGUUGCAGAUUUCAGU